AUGUCUUGGCUGGCUUACUGGCUGGGCGAGCUGCAGCGCCUCUCGCUGCUCUCCUUGUUCGCGGCCGCCUUGACCGUGGUCGCCGUCUACCUGGUGCAGUGGGGCCUGGGCGCGCUGCGGCAAGGCGCCAGGAGGCAGCCCUCGCCGGCGCCGGAGCAACUUCUGCCCCAGGACGAGGGUCCCCUCUUCGCCUGGCUGCUGUCUCUGAGCAGCUGGAGGAGCCAGUGGCAGAAAGCCUGGAUAGCGGCGCUUAACCGGGAAGCCAAAGCAAGGGAGGACUCCCGCUUGUUUACAUUUGAAGAACAUGCAGCUCCUCAGCCUCUAGAGCUUGUGGUACAACGUGUUGUAAGUGUGGUAAAGUCUGCUGAUGAAAAGGUGGUCUCUUGUAAUGUAAUUGGAAAUGCCUUUCAUUUUAUUGUCAGUAUGUCCAAUCCUUCUUCUGUUUCUUCAUCUGUUACUUCGGAAUGUCAGUCUUACAGUGUAAAACUGUCUCCACUUCAUUUGCAGCUGAAACUUUCAAUGAAAUCCAAAGAGGAAGACAUUCAGGUCAAGUGGUCUUUCAUCUGGACCUCAGAAACAAACACUGAAAUUAAGCCUACUAAAGUACAGGAGGACCUGACAGCUGGGGCAUAUGCAGUAUCAGAAACACUUAAAGGUCUGCUGCGGUAUCUCAUAAAUUCAGCAUCUCCCUCUGUGAUUCUGAGUACAAAACCUACAGAUGUAAAGGCAUUGCAGAAUGUACAAAAAACAGGUGUUGUGCCUCAGGGCACCAGUCCUCCUAAACCUCCAAGGGCUCAUGAACUAAAACUGCUGAUGAAAAACAUCAAAGCUACACUGACCAAUCAAAGCAUUGCGGGUGGCAUUAGCCCAGUAUGUACAAUCCAGCUCAAUGACCCUUUGCAGAAGUUUUCAAGCUCUGCAGCCAAUAGUCCCAUGGACUUCUCUUGGAAAGAUGAAUUCAUCUUUGAAUUAAAUGCCAAAUCAAAAGAACUGCAAGUAAAGAUUGUAGAAAAAGGGGGACUGGAUAGUGGUUUCUCAGCUGUGGCUGCUGUACCUUUGGACUUGUUCAGGAGACAGCCUUCUGGACACAAAGGUUUUGCACUGAACAGUCAGCUCGGCAGUAGUAGCUCUACUGUAGGAUCUGUUACUGCAGAGUUCUUAUACAUAGAACCUUCAGAGUCCAGAACUUUGCAAGUUCCCCCCAAGAUUCCUGUUGCAAAAGUAGAGAAAGAUCGAACUGUGAUGCCCUGUGGGACUGUGAUCACUACUGUUACUGCUGUGAAAGCCAAACCUUUAAUAGAAGGGAGACCAUCUAUUCUGCAUUCAGAUUCACCAAUCCGAAGUCCUGUUAGAACGAAGGUGAUUGAAAAGGAUUUGUCUGUUCAGGCAAUCCAUUGCCGGAAUACUUCUUCAGUAAGCAAGGCUUUAUCAUCAUCAGAUACAGAGCUGCUGGUGCUGAAUGGCACAGAUCCUGUGGCUGAGGUAGCCAUUCGGCAACUAAGUGAAUCUGCGAAGCAAAAACUCAAGUCUCCCAGGAAGAAAAGCACGAUCAUAAUAUCAGGGGUGUCAAAGACUAAUUUAUCUCAGGAUACUGAAGCUGCACUCAUGAUGGACUAUGCGGCAGCCAUGGAUGGCUCCUAUAAGCAAGAUGAGUCUUCCAGUGUAGAAGGGUCUCUUGCACAGUCUCCUUCCAAUGAAAAACUCUCACUGUAUGUAUCCCAAACAAUACCUGCCCAUGAAGAUCCCCAGGAAAACAGCCAUGAUGCCUGGACUUUAGAUGACAGUAGCGAGCAAUGGCAGAGCAAUGCACUACUAGACCAAGACUGUGAUAAGAUGUCUGGGAGCUCCAUAAGCAUCUCGGAACCUGGAACUGUGAAGAAAUCCAAAGGUGGGCUAUUAAAAAAGAGUGCAAAGCUAUUUUUCCUUCGACGGCACCAUCAAAAAGACCCAGGAAUGAGCCAGUCACAUAAUGACCUCAUCUACCUAGAGCAACCCACAUCGGACGGUACUCGAAAAAAAGGGGGGACUUUAACACGCAUUUUGAACAAGAAAAUUCUCUUCAAGAGCAAGAGCAAGAGCAAACUGAAUGGCACAUCAGUUGAACCGUAUGCAUAGAGCCUAGUACAUGCCAAAUGUAUAUGACCUGCACAUGAGCAACUGUUUACAGAAAUAUAAACUACUAUAUGCUUACUGAGAUUCACUAAUGCUGUGGUCCAUGGAGAAGGCUGGGCAGCAAAGCAGGGAGAUGGUAUUGGUAGAAGACUUAUGGCUAUUUUACAUUGCAAAGACUAAGGCCUUAGUCCUAGCCAUACUUACUUGGAAGUAAGCGCAUUGAAAUCAGUGGGCCUUAGUCCAAAAACACUUCUUUUUAGAUAUCAGGCUUAAAAUACAGUACCAGGGAGCUAUAGUGGACAAUUGUCUGCAUGAAUGUAUGUUAAUAGUGGCAUAUCAUGGUUCUGUUUUAAAGAAAAAGCAAUGAAGAGUAGCAAUACAAAUUUUAAACAGGGUAUCGAGCUGUAGAAGUGGAAAGAGCAAAGAAAUCCUGAUCCAGAUGUUCUGAAGUGGAAUACAUGCAUUUGCAAUGCAAUCCUGUAUAUAAUUACUCAGAAGCGAUUCCUGCAGUAUGCAGAGGAGCUUAAUCCCAGGUGCAGAGAAUUGCAGCCUCAGAAUGUUACUGGAAGGAAAAAUGAAAUGCUGAAUGGGGUAGCCCAAUAGAAUAAUAAUAAUUGCUAAAGCUGUGUAAAUUAGACUUGCUUUUGAUAGAUAGUAGCCAUACAAACUUGUAAUUUAUGCAAUUAUUAUGACUAAUUUUAAUAUUAUGUGCAUAUACUAUGAAAAAACUCUUUUAUUUUUAAGAUGGUAUCCUGAUGAAUGACUUAAAACUUAUCUGUUAUCCUUUGAGAGAUCUGCAUUGCCAGUGCAGCACUGUAGUUCGGGGAGCCCACCAUUUGUUAGACAAAUGUACCCCAUCAUAACAAAAGUAAUGAAUGACAAUACAGUAUGUUUAGUCUUUUUUCUUUCUCAUUCCCAUUUUGGAACUAAAUACACACACUGAAGGAUGUAUGUAUUUCAGUAUUGAAAUAGUUUGCUGUUUAAAAUAUCAACAAGGCUGGGGAAAGCUUUACUGACUGGUAGGCAAGGGAAACAUAAUACAUGUGUAUAGCUUUAAACUGACAUUCGUAUUAUAUAUAUUUUUUACUGAAAUUGUAAACGUUAGCCUAUUUUAAUCAUUCUGACUUCAUUGGGACUUACUUUGGAACAGGUGGCUUGAUUGAAGUAAACAAUCAACCCUUGUUAACUUUUAUUCAGGCGAAACCUAUACCAAUACCAAUGCUGCUUAUAACCACUGAAUCAAGAGAGAUCAUUGGGAUAAGGGAUACUGUUUCUGAUAUAUGCAUUAGUGAUUUACAUAAGUUAUAAUGAUGGUUUGGAUGCAGCAUUCUAAAGACCAAUAUGCAAAAGAAGGCUGUUGAGGUGAAGCAACAGUUUCCAGUAUGUUGGGCAAAUGCUAGCUUCUAAUAUUAUAGAUUGACUGUUAAGAGUAUUAACUUAUAAAAAUGAAAUAUUUGUGUAUAAGCACCAUGUGAUCCUAGUUAACGCUUUCUUGGAGGUAAGGCCCAUUUCAUAAUGGAUGGGGCUUGCUUCCAUGUAAAUGAAUUUAGGAUGGAUUGCAAAUGCGUUCAGUUAUGAUUUUGCUUUAUUGUGUAGCUUGACGAUGGCACAUAAGUGGAAUGAAAUGCAAAACUGUUUUUAGAAAGAGAAGCACUUGUUGCUCUAACUUACAAAUACUUGAAGACAUUUAAAAACUAUUUGAAAACCUUAAAGCCCUGUUGCUGGAUUUUUAAAAAAAUGCCAAAGGU